UGCACGUUGCCUUCCAGCGCCUCAGUGUCAGUGCGUGUUGGCACGGUGCAGGAAAAGCAAAGCGCGAGCGAUUUAAGGAGCGCUCGGCACAAACAAAACAAAGUGGAAUUCGUCCCGGCCCGCUUUCAGUCUUCUCGUCAGAUCACCGCGCGGUGCAGGGACCGAACCUGUAAGUAGAAGGCUGCGUGCGUGCGAGUCGCAAGACAGCCGCUGCAUGCCGUGCCGUCCCAUGAAAAGUCCUCUGAACAUCAGAUGGAAGUUGCAGACUUUGAGCACCUCCGCAUGCACGGUGGGGACUUUCGGGCGCACCUUGACGCGCAGCCCGUGCAUGCGAUGAUUUGACUGUUCCAAAGUUCCAUCCCGCAAACCACGCCGAGCGGGACUUCGGCGAAGAAGGAUAUCUAUCUGCGAAGGACUGGGUGCGUGCGAAUCGGGGUGCCGAGGUGAAGCAAGGACAAGGCGGGCUGCCGGCUUCGGGUUUCAGCCACCGGGGGGCUCCUAGUAUUAAAGUGUGCAUUUGACCCGGGAUAAGUUGUCAACAAGAAGAGCGAGCAGACGCGAACUGGCAGGUGGACAAGUUCAUUUACAUGCAGACGUAUAUUGGGGCCGCUAUAUUUAGAAGUUGGACGAAGGACGAACAGCCUCAAGAAGUUUCUCUCGCAAGACCACCCCCCUCCCCCUCGUCGGCGGGCCCGCUGCAGGAGCAGCUCGGCGCAGCACCCCGAGCGUGUGCACACCCCCGACCGAGCUCGCUAGCCUCCCCUGCGGGCUAUAUAUAGGCCGCCCAAACGCCGCCAGCCCGCUCCGGCGUCUUAAUUUAUCGUGUAGCCAGCCAAUCUGCAUCCGAGAGGGCUGCCCAGCGUGGCUUUGGCUGUGAGGGCGGGUGCCGUCGCAUGGACUGACAUGGCCACCGAUCUCGCCAUGAGCGCAGAGCUGCCCAACAGCCCGCUGGCCAUCGAGUACGUCAAUGACUUUGACUUGAUGAAGUUCGAGGUGAAGAAGGAGCCCCCGGAAGCAGAGCGCUACUGCCACCGCCUGCCGUCGGGCUCGCUCUCCUCCACGCCUAUCAGCACGCCCUGCUCGUCAGUGCCUUCCUCGCCCAGCUUCUGCGCCCCGAGUCCCGGCGUGCAGCCCAACCAGAGCCUCUCCAGCGGGACAGCCAGCACCGGCACCGGCGGCGGCAGCAACAGCAGCGGGGGCGGCGGCAAUAAUCACAGCAACGCGGGCAAGCCUCAACUGGAGGACCUGUACUGGAUCCCUAGCUACCAGCACCACAUCAAUCCCGAGGCGCUCAACUUGACCCCGGAGGACGCGGUGGAGGCUCUCAUCGGUAACGCACACCACCACCACCACCAUCACCAGGCUUACGAGGGCUUCCGCGCCCAACAGUACGCCGGGGAAGACCUGUCGGCGGCCUCGGCGGCACACCAUCACCACCACCACCAAGCCCACCACCACCACCAUCACCACCACGUGCGCCUGGAGGAGCGCUUCUCCGACGAGCAGCUGGUCAGCAUGACCGUGCGUGAGCUCAACCGGCAACUGCGCGGUUUCAGCAAGGAGGAGGUGAUCCGCCUCAAGCAGAAGAGGCGCACGCUGAAGAACCGCGGCUAUGCGCAGUCGUGCCGCUUCAAGCGCGUGCAGCAGCGGCACAUGCUGGAGACGGAGAAGUGCACGUUGCAGAACCAGGUGGAGCAGCUCAAGCAGGACGUGGCGCGCCUGGCCAAAGAGCGGGACCUUUAUAAGGAGAAGUACGAGAAGCUGGCCAGCCGGACUUUCAGUGCGGCCGCUCCCGGACCCCCCAACCCCUCCGGGAAGCAGGCCGACUUCUUCAUGUUGACAAACGCCGCAAGUAGCAUUAGAUGCACUCCCGAUAAUCCCGGAGCGCAAUUUGAGUCUUAAAACUCGAGCGGAGCGUGAAGCGGGCGCGCAGAUGCGGAAAUCGCGCCCGAGCUGCUCGACAAGUCUUACUUGACAUUUUGAAAGAAAAACAAAAGCUCACUCGAGACUCAUUUCGGUCUUGCAAGUGCAUUUGCUCCCAUCGCAACCCAGCAUGCAGGACAUGUAUGGUCGCCUCACUCGUGUGUAUGGACAGCAUGCCGCUUCGACGUUCCUCCUCCUUCCUCCCUUCAUGCGUCAGGCCUGCAAGAAGCCACCGCAUCACAUAAACAACGCGAGGGCCGCAAGAACUAAAAUGCAACACAAACUGCAAAUUGCGACAAAAAUAUGGAUGCGGCUAUUUUCAAUCAAUUUUUCUAAAGACAUUUGCUGAGCCAGAUUUUAGACUGUAUUUAUUUCCAAGUGUACAUAAUUGUAGAGAAAACGGCAACGUGUUUAUUUUACAUGCGCCCUUUUUAACAAAAAGAAAAAAAAGAAGGAAAAAGAAAUUGCGUUUGUUGCUUGGAUGCGUCCUCUGUAAUGAUCAUUUUUCGAGGCAAUGCUCAUGUUUUUCUCGGUCGUAAAACGUCUGAUCCUUAAAAUAUUUAUUUUAAUUUCCGAAGGUAUAUUUGUGUGAUGAAAUUCGCUGCUAAAACUAUGCAUCAAUCAACUGACGAUUCAAAUGAUUUUUAUUUUUUUGCAAACGAUAAAAAGUGCAGCCUGGUUGCAUUCAUAAGAUGUCCCAUCGGCUCAUCGGAGGACGCUUGAAACGCCUUUUUUCUUUUUUGACAGCUUGGACUUUGACUCGCGUCGGAGUAAGCCAACAAAUUGUCUUUCAAGUGUGCAAUAUUGUGCAGCGCAGGCUUGAUGUUGCAAAAUGGAGCGAAAUAUCCAAAAGGAAAGCCCCAAAUCAACUGAGGUUAUUUUAGAAUUCACAUUUUCCAGAUGAAUUUAAAUUAGUCCUUUCUAAAUUUAUUAGUGAAACAAAACAUUUGGAAGUUGCGCGUGCACUUGCACUGCUGUUGAUGUAUAUCUGUAAAUAGUUUCUAUAUUUAUUCAAUAAACGUGUCCUAUCCUGUCGAGAAGUGAAAAGGCAACAACGUUGUUGGGAAUCUUGUUUUCAUUAUGUUUAAUAAAAAGACGUGUUCUAAUUCUGCA